AAAAAAUCGAAAAUGGCUGUUCUGGUAAUUACGUCAUUCUCAACCUCAAAAGCGUUAUCCAUUCACACAAAUUACAACAAAUUGCGAAGGAUUGGCUUACAGAAGCUUUCACCGUGAUAACAAUGUCUGCUUCUGCUCUGCUUUCUCCUCUCGCUUUAAGUGGUUCCAUUAAUCUUCAUACCAAGGCAAAACAGACUGCACAAAGUCUUACAAUUCGAUGUUCAAAAACGAGACAUGCUCCUGAACUGUCAUCUGUGGAAGGCACUAGAUUCAAUCUGUAUAAUCGCAGGAAUGUUGUUGGAUCGCUACUUGGACUUUCUUGUCUCAGAUUGGAAUUCAAUGAGGCUAAAGCUGCAGGCUUGCCUCCAGAGGAGAAGCCAAAACUAUGUGAUGCAGCCUGUGAGAAGGAGCUUGAAAAUGUACCCAUGGUUACCACAGAAUCUGGAUUGCAGUACAAAGACAUCAAGAUGGGUGAAGGUCCGAGUCCACCAAUUGGCUUUCAGGUUGCUGCAAAUUAUGUUGCAAUGGUUCCUUCCGGACAGAUUUUUGACAGUUCACUUGAGAAGAAUCAGCUUUACAUCUUUCGAGUCGGGUCUGGCCAGGUGAUCAAGGGACUUGACGAAGGACUCCUUAGCAUGAAAGCUGGUGGUAAAAGACGACUCUACAUUCCAGGACCGUUGGCAUUCCCGAAAGGCCUGACCUCAGCUCCUGGAAGGCCACGUGUUGCGCCAAAUAGUCCUGUUAUCUUUGAUGUAAGCUUGGAGUACAUACCGGGAAUGGAGAUAGAUAUAGAAGAAUAGUAAUUGUUCAACUUCAACAUUUUAUUACAUGCCCUUCAAAUGUGUAUAAAAUCAGCUUAUUCUUGAAUUGGAUGUGUCAUGUGUGUAUUUACAUUUGUCAAUUUUGCAACUAUAGUGAUAAUACAUCUUCCACCAGUUGCCAAA